CCAGCGCCUGCGCGCUCACCCGCCAGCCAAUCUGCUCGCCUGCAGACGGCCUUUGACCUUGCGCCCCUCCGGCUGGCGGCUGGGGGCUUCAAGCUGCGAGCUGUGGGACCUUGGGACACCCUACUCUGUCACUGUUACCCCUUACUUUGGCUAAACAUUUACCAUUUUGGAAUUUAAAGUAUGACAUCAUGGCAAAGUUUCGAAGAAGGACUUGCAUCACUUUGUCACUUUUUAUUCUAUUUAUUUUCUCUCUGAUGAUGGGUUUAAAAAUGCUGAGACCACAUAAAGCUGCUUUUGGAGAUCCUUUUGGACUUGACCUUCUUCCAGAAAUUCGGCAACAAACUCCUCAUUUGGUAAAAACUUUUGAUUCCCAAAAGAGUGACAGAAUCGACAGUGAUACAAACGUCAAGAAUUUAAAAAGUGUUGAAAUCACUAUGAAACCUUCCAAAGCCUCUGAACCUUACCCAGAAGAACUGCCACCUCGGAAUUAUUUUUUACAUGUAUUUUAUUACAGCUGGUAUGGAAAUCCACAAUUUGAUGGUAAAUAUAUACAUUGGAACCAUCCAAUCCUCUCGCAUUGGGACCUUAGAAUAGCCAAGAAAUAUCCACAAGGGAAACACAACCCCCCAGAUGACAUUGGCUCCAGCUUUUACCCUGAGUUGGGAAGUUACAGCUCUCGGGAUCCUUAUGUCAUUGAAACGCACAUGAAACAAAUGUACUCAGCUUCAAUUGGUGUACUAGCCCUAUCUUGGUACCCACCUGACUCAAAUGAUGAGAAUGGAGAACCUACUGAUAACUUGGUACCAACUAUUUUGGAUAAAGCUCAUAAAUAUAAUCUGAAGGUCACUUUUCACAUUGAACCAUAUAAGAAUCGAGAUGAUAAAAACAUGUACCAAAAUAUCAGAUACAUUAUAGACAAAUAUGGAAAUCAUCCUGCCUUUUACAGGUACAAGACUAAGAAUGGCAGUGCUCUUCCACUGUUUUAUGUCUAUGAUUCCUAUAUCACAACAGCUGAAAAAUGGGCUAAUCUGUUAACCAGCUCAGGGUCUCAGAGCAUUCGCAACUCUCCUUAUGAUGCAUUGUUUAUUGCACUUCUAGUAGAAAAAAAACAUAGAUAUGAAAUUCUUCGAGGUGGUUUUGAUGGAAUUUAUACGUAUUUUGCCACAAAUGGCUUUACUUACGGCUCAUCCUAUGAGAACUGGGCUAAGCUAAAAUUUUUUUGUGAUCAGUUCGACCUAAUGUUCAUCCCAAGUGUGGGCCCAGGAUACAUAGAUACCAGCAUCCGUCCGUGGAACACUCAAAACACUCGCAACCGAGUCAAUGGGAAAUAUUAUGAGGAUGCUCUGAGUGCUGCACUCCAAGCCCACCCCAGUAUAAUUUCCAUCACCUCUUUUAAUGAGUGGCAUGAAGGAACUCAGAUUGAAAAAGCUGUUCCCAAAAGAAUCAGUAAUACCGUGUACCUGGAUUACCGGCCUCAUAAACCAAGUCUUUAUCUAGAUCUAACUCGUAAGUGGUCUGAAAAAUACAGUAAGGAAAGAGCAACUUACGCAUUCAAUCACCAGCUACCUGUUUCUUAAUGCAUUGAUUAAAGUUUAAUAAUUAUAGAUAUCACCUAAUUUCAAUACAUUCCUUUUGUUUUGCGUUAUGGAAAGAAAACUAUCAAAGUCAGUAUGUACUAUUAUCUCUAAUAAAAAUAAUUUGUACAUUUUUAAAGGUAGUAAUACUAUCAUUGCCACCUUUCACGAUGGCGAUGUUGCACUGAGAAAAGUUGUGCAAAUAACAUUCCUUGUGGCAUAAUUUGGUGAAUUUCUGACUGGAAUUGAAAUCCUGCUUUAUAGCUAUUUUUGUUUCACAAUAGGUAAUUGCUUGUGUUAUAUAGAGUAGUUAGCACACAAUUAAAUCCUACUUGUAUUCUGGGCCCAAAGAAAAAGGACUGUGUACAUAUCUGAUAUGUCUAUUGAAGACCAAAGACCUAAAAGAUAAUGUACAUGGUUCCUUUUUCAUUUUUUUAAUGAUCCAGUCAACUUCAUCAUAUUAGCAUUCAGACUCUGGAUAACUCUCCAAUAACAAUUCUUCAGAAAAAUAUCAUAUGCCUUAAGCCUUACUGUGAACCAUAUUUUGUUAGGAAGGUCUGCUUUCUAUAGUACAAUAUGUAUCAUCAUUUGCAGAUUUUUGGUUUCCUAGAGCUUGCUAGGUGUUUUGCAUGUCUAAUGUUUCUACAUUAUAAUGCUGAAUUUCAGGCUUUAGAAGGAAAAUCUUUUCAUAAAGGUUAAGGAUUGCUUCUCAGUUAUUAAAAAAAAAAUAGCUGCUUUACAAUUAUGAAAAUACAGUGCCUCAAAUGUUAUUUUAGGAUACCUUGUCAAUCUUUAACUUAUUUUAUUCAUAUUGUUCAAUUUAAUGUUAAUCAGAGACCAACUGUUAGAUAAGAAAAAGUUGAUACUAUCAUUGGAUUGCCUUCUUUUAAGAUUUUAAACUGUUUUUACUAAAACUAAUAGAGAAAAUUUACUUACCAUUUCAGAUUUUAAGGAUAUGGAAAUGAAAGUUCAUUACUAAGUUUGACUUUUUAUUAGGUAUAACACUUAAUGAUGGAAAUAUUUAAGACUUUAUUGUCUAUAAUAUAACAUCCCCAUCUAAAAACAUUAUACUUUUAUGUUACCUAACAGGUUAAAGAGUUGUGAUCAAUUGUCAGUGUGACAAAUUAAUCAUCUGUAAAAAUGAAUCUCUUUACUUUAAAAACUACAGAAUAAAAUACACUCUAUUAUUAUAGUUAAUAUUUGUAACUAUAGUAAAAAAUCUAAUCUAUAUGCUAUUACAUGAAUUUUUUUAGAUAUUUAUCAAAUGUAAGCAAUAGGGAAAUACUAAACAAUACAUAUAAAUAUUCUGACUAUAUGGACAUUCAGAAACAAAUUAGCAGUGGAAUUUAUCGUAAAAUAACUCAUUAGACAAUGAAAUUUAAUUUUAAGCAGUGCUUUUGAAGUUAACUAUCAUGUCUUUGAAAAGAAGCAUGAUUAAUGUUAAACUUAUGAAGCAUGAUUAAUGUUAAACUUAUUUAUAACUGAGAAUUUGCCAUUUCUCAGAAUGUUCAGACCAUGGGAAACCAGUAUAAUAGUAAUUUGUAAUUCACCUUGUAGAGGAAAUUACAAGAAUAAAUCACUAUAAUGUUACAACUAAGUAUCUUCAUAGGAACACUCAUACAGAUAUAACCUGUGGAUUUUUUUUUU